AUGAAAAUAUUGAAAUGUUUGAUACUUCUAUCAAUAUUAUAUUCAGGAUAUGCUGUGGAUGUUGAUACAGAUGACAAUGUUUAUAUUUUAACAGAAGCAAAUUUCGAUGAUUUUUUAGAAGAAAAUCCAAUUGUUAUGGUUAAAUUUUAUGCACCAUGGUGUGGACAUUGUAAGAAACUCGCUCCAGAUUAUGCUACAGCUUCCAGACAUAUUAAAUUUCCAUUAGCCAAGGUUGAUGCAACAAUUGAAAAAGCUUUAGGUGAAAAAUAUAAUGUUCAAGGUUACCCAACAAUAAAAUUGUUUAAAAAUGGAGAAGUCUUGGAUUAUAAUGGAGCAAGAGAUGUUGCAAGUAUUGUUGAUUGGGCUGAGGAGGUCACUGAUCCAAAUUAUAAACCACCAAGCAAUGAAGUUGUUGCUUUGACAUCUGAAACGUUUGAUGAAUUUGUAUCUGAUAAGCCUCUUAUGUUAGUUGAAUUUUAUGCUCCAUGGUGUGGACAUUGUAAGCAAUUAGCUCCAGAACUUGAAAAAGCUGCCAGUGCUCUUAAAGAUGAAAAUAUUGUUAUUGCUAAAGUUGAUGCUACCGUUGAAAAGAAGUUAGCAGAUCAGUUUGGUGUUAAAGGUUAUCCAACAAUGAAAGUCCUUAGAAAUGGAAAGAGAUAUGAUUACAAUGGGCCAAGAGAUUCUAUUGGUAUUAUGGAAUAUAUGCUUAAACAAGCUGAACCAGCUGCCAAAAAACUUAAUUCUGUUAUGGAGGCUAAAAGAAUUAUGAAAAAAACUGAUGUUACAAUUAUUGGAUUCUUUGCAAAUGAAGAUGGCCCUCAGUACAAUGCAUUCUUUGAAGCUUCAGAAAAAGUUAGAGAAGAACUUCCUGGUAUGGGUUUCACAACAGAUCCAGAUGUUAUAAAAGCAUUUAAAGCUCAACCAGGUGAUGUAAUAAUAUUUUAUCCUGAUGUAUUUUGGACUAAAUAUGAAGAGAAACAAAAGAAAUACAAUAAAGAUGCUUCUACUGCUGAAGAUUUGUUAGCUUUCUUAAAGGAUAACAUUGCUCCAAUGGUUGGACAGAUAACACAAGAAAAUGCUGCUUUCAGAUAUUCUAAAUUACCUCUUUGUGUCGUAUAUUAUAAUGUUGAUUUUAGUCCAGAAUAUCGUGAAGGAACCAACUAUUGGAGAAAUAAGGUUGUUGAAGUAGCAAAGAAUUACAAAGAUUCAAAAUAUACUUUUGCCGUUGGUGACGAAGAAGAGUUUUCUGAUGAAUUGGCUAAUGUUGGUCUAGGAGAUUCUGGUUUGGAACACAAUGUUAUUGUUUUUGGUUUUGAUGGUAAAAAAUAUCCAAUGGAUCCAGAAAAAUAUGAUGGGGAAUUAGACGAGAAUCUUGAACAAUUUAUGAAAGAUAUCAAUAGUGGCAAGGUUAAGGCAUUUAUUAAAAGUUCACCACCACCAAAACAUCAAAAGGGACCUGUUAAAGUUCUUGUUGGAUCUACCUUUUCAUCAAUUGUUGAUGAUGAAACAAAAGAUGUUUUGGUUGAGUUUUAUGCUCCAUGGUGUGGACAUUGUAAGAGUUUCGAACCAGAAUACAAUAAACUUGCUGAGAAACUUAAAAAAGAACAACCUAAUAUUGUUAUUGCUAAAAUGGACGCUACAGCAAAUGAUCCACCAAGUGGUUACAAAGUAGAAGGCUUCCCAACAAUUUACUUUGCUCCAUCAGGCAUGAAAUCUAAACCAAUAAAAUAUACUGGAAAUAGAGAUCUUGAUGAUUUGGAGAAAUUUAUGAAAAAACAUGCUGUUAAGAGUUACACAGAUAAGACUGAGGAAGUUGAAAAGGAAGAUAAAACGAAAACAGAUAAGAAAGAGGAAUUAUAA